AUGGAGCCAGGUGCUCAAGGGAAAACAUGGUCGAGGAUAGCGAUUCUAGCUUGUGGAAGAAACAUUGGAAAGGAUUGGAGUUGCAUGAAGUCCUUUAUAAACUGGGAUAUUGGAAAUGGUAAGAUGAGAAAUGUGUGGACUGAUGACUGGUUACUUUCUGGAAUCAUUAUGGAUGAUGAAAGAAUUUUUGACUUGAGCAUAGCAGAGCUGGUGCCUGAUAAUGGUGAUUGGAAUUGUGACUGGCUCCAAAGUUUUCUCCCUCAAGACACUGUUGAGGAAAUCCUAGCUAUUCCUCAUAAGAUAGUGGCAUGGAUAUCUGUCAGUAGAAAGGAUCUAAACAAGGAGAAUUUUCUGUUAAGGAUGUGUAUCAGGUGUUGA